AUGUCAACCACCAGGUUACCUUGUAUCCCAUCUGUCAGAAAGCAGCAACUGCACCUGGAGUUCUCAAGUUUGCGACAUGCCGCACCACCAGGGGUCUAUGUGAGCCUUGCGCCUGGCGAUCCAACUUUGUGGACUGGGGUCAUUUUUGUUCGUUCCGGACCCUACGCCUCCGCUAUCCUUCGCUUCCAAAUCCGCUUUCCAGACAUAUAUCCGGAUCUGCCACCUCUUGUGACCUUUGCAACAGAUGUCUUCCAUCCGUUGAUAGUUCCCUUGACUACAUACACAUUCAGUACUAGCUCAGCGAGUGAUGACCCGGUCAGCGCGACAGAUGAGGAAAGGUUACCCCCGGGCGGAUUUAGCCUUCGACAUGGAUUUCCCCACUGGUUCGGCAGGGCCAAGCGGAGUGAACUUGCAUCUGGGCCGUCAUCAAGGAACGCGAGCGGGGAAAUCACAGGCAAUAUGGCAAGGGAAAAUACCAAGCCAGGUGCCUCACCAACAGGCCGUGAUGUUUCUGGCGCCCCUGAAGCGACAGAAACCGAAGAAGUUGCGGACAGCACCGACAGUCCUCGCAUUGCCCAGGUCCCCUCCGGGCUUCAAUUUGCGGAAGCAAGAAAGACAGUCCCCGUGGCGGAACUUCUGGAUUAUAUUCGCUCGACAUUCGAUGAUGAAUCUGUCCUUGACUCGUUACCCGUCGAGGUCGCAGGAAACCCAGGAGCAUGGCAUGCAUGGAAAGCACACCGUCGGGGAGCUGAUAGUUCUAGAGAUUGGAAGAAGGGAAGUCCGCAGGCUCGGCAACCUGGAGAUUGGCAUUGGGAUGGAAUCUGGGCUCGGCGGGUGCAUGAUGAGAUCGAGGCUAGUCAUUCUGAUCCCAUGUUAUUUGGGGGCGCUACCCGUGGCGGUGGGGAUGAGAUGAUACGGUUUUCGCGGUUGGACGACGCUACAAUGAGCUCAGUCAAGGAGAAAAUGGAGUCGGUGGUGAAUGUACAUACAGAGCAAUGA